AUGGUAUGCUACGGGGUCACUAUGAUAUUGGUGGGGACCCUGGGGGCCCUCAUGGCAGAUGCGUUCCCUCGGGUCACCCCAAAGAAGAGCUGCAGCCUCUCCAAGUACCAGUUCCCUGCACCUUCGGAGCUGAAGGCAGUGCAGAGGAUGAAGGAGCAGUUUGAAGACAUCAUGCUAUUAACAAACCGAAAAUGCAACACCAGACUCUUCCAUCGGAAGUGGAACACGGCUGAGCUGUCGGUACCUGACCGGAUCGCCCUGGUGAAGGCUGAGCUGGACCUCACCAUCACCAUGCUCACAAACCCCACAACGCAGAGGAUGGCUGAGACGUGCCAACAGCCCCUGGCCUUCCUUACCCAAGUCCGGCAGGACCUGCGAGACUGCUUGGCCCUCGAAGCACCUUCACAUCAGUCCUCUGGGAAACUGAGGCACUGGCUGCAGAAGCUGGAGACAGCCAAGAAGAAGGAGACCGCCGGCUGCCUGGAGGCCUCAGCCAUCCUGCACAUCUUCCAAAUCCUGAACGACCUGCGGUGUGCAGCCCAGCGCGAGGACUGCACUUAG